AGUGCGCUAGCAGAGCAGUAGGGGCACUACCAGCAAUCUGAAAUUGUAGGAAGAAACGAUGGAUAUGAAUGAAGAAGAAGCGGCUGAAGUCGCAGACAAAUUCAAGGAAGAAAGUGUUGAAUCAUUUAGAAAUAAACAACGCAGGAGAAGCAGUAUUCAAGCUCCUAGGAUAAUCGAUCCUAAUCGAAGGACAUCUAGUGUAUCUAAUGAAUCUUGCUCAUCGUAUACAGGAAGCUCUUCCGAUGAAGAGGGUAUAAACCCAAGGGAAAAAACACAGAAAUCUUCAGCAGGAUUUACUGACUUUUGUGUUAGAAACAUUGAGAUUCAUAGCGUUGGUAGAAAAGAGAUCGAAAUUGCCGAACAGAUUGAUAUGUGCGGUCUCAUGGCACUGAGAAGGAGAGCAAAGACGGAUAAGCCACUCCAUGGAGCAAAAAUUAUCGGAUGUACACAUAUUACCCCUCAAAUGGCGGUAUUGAUAGAGACUCUCAUAGCAUUAGGAGCGCAAGUUAGAUGGGCUGCUUGCAACAUUUACUCUACACAAAAUGUCGUUGCUGCCGCUUUGGCAGAAGCAGGAGUUUCAAUAUUUGCUUGGAAAGGAGAAAGUGAGGAAGAUUUUUGGUGGUGUAUUGAUAAAGCUAUUCACGCUGACAAUUGGCAGGCCAACAUCAUUUUAGAUGAUGGGGGUGAUGCAACACAUCAUAUGCUAAAAAAAUAUCCAACGGCAUUUAGCAUGUUGAAGGGCAUAGUUGAAGAAAGUGUUACUGGGGUACAUAGGCUCUACCAGCUAUCUAAAACUCAAAAAUUAGUGGCACCAGCUAUGAACGUAAACGAUUCUGUUAUGAAAACCAAAUUCGACGCCUUCUACUGUUGUCGAGAAUCUGUUGUUGAUGCCCUAAAGAGAGCUACCGAUGUUAUGUUGGGUGGCAAGCAUGUAUUAGUCUGUGGUUAUGGAGAAGUUGGAAAGGGAGUGAGUGCUGCCCUUAAGGCCGUUGGUUGUCAUGUGAUGGUGACAGAAAUUGAUCCAAUUUGUGCAAUCCAGGCUUGCAUGGAUGGAAUUCGUGUUGUGAAAAUAAGUGAUGCAGUGGGCUCCGUUGACAUUGUUAUUAGCUGUACUGGUAAUAAAAAUGUUGUUACUAAGGAACACAUGGAUUCAAUGAAAAAUGGCUGCAUUGUAUGUAAUAUGGGGCACUCGAACACAGAAAUCGAUGUCAAUGCAUUAAAAAAUGCUACUGAAUUGACUUGGGAGAGAGUUCGGUCACAAGUUGAUCACGUAAUUUGGCCCAAUGGCAAAAGAAUUAUUUUGUUAGCUGAAGGACGACUGGUUAACAUGAGCUGUACAACUCUACCGUCUCUCGUCAUUUCGAUUGCAGCCUGCACUCAAGCUUUAGCUUUAAUUGAAUUGUUUGUCGCACCAACUGGACGCUACAAAAAUGAUGUUUAUCUUUUACCUAAGAAGAUGGAUGAGUACGUGGCCACCUUACAUUUAUCAGUUUUUCAAGCUCGCUUGACUGAAUUAUCAGAAGAGCAAGCAAGAUAUUUAGGUCUAAACAAGAGUGGACCGUUUAAACCUAACUAUUAUAGAUACUGA